AUGCACAAGACAGAGGAAGUUCUGUGGUCUGAUGUAUGUAAUGUUAGUAGACAUAAUUCUCCAUCUCUUUUGCACUCUGCCAUCAUCCCAGCUGAUGUUAAAUUGAAGGAAGUUAACUAUACAAUUGUAUCAUUAGAUGUAAGAGAUUUUGAUAGAGAUUUUGAUAGAGAUUUUGAUAGAGAUUUUGAUAGAGAUUUUGAUAGAGAUUUUGAUAGAGAUUUUGAUAGAGAUUUUGAUAGAGAUUUUGAUAGAGAUUUUGAUAGAGAUUUUGAUAGAGAUUUUGAUAGAGAUUUUGAUAGAGAUUUUGAUAGAGAUUUUGAUAGAGAUUUUGAUAGAGAUUUUGAUAGAGAUUUUGAUAGAGAUUUUGAUAGAGAUUUUGAUAGAGAUUUUGAUAGAGAUUUUGAUAGAGAUUUUGAUAGAGAUUUUGAUAGAGAUUUUGAUAGAGAUUUUGAUAGAGAUUUUGAUAGAGAUAUUGAUAGAGAUUUUGAUAGAGAUUUUGAUAGAGAUUUUGAUAGAGAUAGAGAUAGAGAUUUUGAUAGAGAUAGAGAUAGAGAUUUUGAUAGAGAUUUUGAUAGAGAUUUUGAUAGAGAUAGAGAGAGAGAGAGAGAGAGAGAGAGAGAGAGAGAGAGAUUUUGA